AACAACUACAAGAAGAGCUUGCUACAAAGCAAGGAUUUAAACGUACACUAAAUUGGAUUCAACUACUUGCUGUAGGUCUUGGUACUAUUAUUGGUGCCGGGAUAUUUGUAUUAAGUGGACAAGCUGCUGCAAAAUAUUCUGGUCCAUCAAUCAUCAUUUCAUUUGUUAUAACAGGCGUUAUUGCAUUAUUGUCAUCUUUGUCAUUUUCAGAACUAGGAACAAUGAUGCCUAGUUCUGGAUCAGUUUACAUAUAUGUUUAUGUAGAAUAUUUAGCAUGGUUUAUUGGAUGGAAUUCAGUGAUACUUUAUCUGUUUAGUGUUUUGACAGUAGUAGUUGCUUGGAGCAAGCAUGUUGUUUUAUUUAUUGAUAUUGUAUCUGAUUAUAAUGUAACAAGCAUGAUUAUCGAAUCACCAGUGGCUUGGAACGAAGACACGGAACGUUUUUUUAUCACCGGUCAAGUGAUUAAUUUACCUGCUAUUGCAAUUACUAUUGUAAUUACAAUUCUUCUUAUUAGUGGGAUUCGUCAAACAGCUACAGUCAAUUCCGUAUUAGUUGUGAUUAAAAUUAUUAUAAUUUUAAUCUUCAUUUUCACCUGUUGUAAUUAUGUUAAUCGCAAUAAUUAUUAUCCAUUUUUUUCACUAAAUAAUGGUUCAUCUAGUGGACAUGGUGUAGCAGGAAUGCUGCAAGCAUGUACUUAUGUUUUCGUUGCAUAUGUAGGUUUUGAUUCAAUAUCAACAGUAGCACAAGAAGCAAAGUCACCAGAGACAUCACUGCCAAUUGCCAUUAUUGGAUCAACAAUUAUUUCAUUGCUACUUUAUGUUGGAAUAUGUACUGUGAUGGUUGGACUCGUUCCAUGCAACUUAUUAGACAGAGAUAGUCCUCUUGCUGAAGCAAUAAAAACUACACCUUAUGGUCUUUGGUUAUCAAUUAUUAUGAAUUUAGGUGCUAUUGCUAGUUAUACAACUGUAGCAUUGAUGGGAAUGCUCUCACAGACUCGAAUAUUUUAUGCAAUGGCUAAUGAUGGUUUACUACCACCAAUCUUUGCUAAAAUUCAUCCCCAGAGGGCAACUCCAUGGCUUUCUAUAUUAAUUAUCGGUGCAUUUUGUGCUAUUUUUUCGGGUAUUUGCCCAGUAGAUAUUCUUGACGAAACAACCUGCAUUAGCGCUCUAAUUACAUAUAUUUUUGUACAUAUUACAGUUAUUGUUAUGCGGUAUAUACAUAGAGAUAUUCCACGACUAUUUGAGGUACCACUUGGUUCAUGGUUUAUUCUUACUAUAGGUUCCUUACUUUGUAUUCUUCUUAUCAAAGAUAUACCAUCGGUAGCAGGUUAUCGAUUUCUUGUGUGGACAGGAUUAGGUCAAAUUAUAUAUUUUUCCUAUGGUUUUUGGCACUCUAAACAACGAAAAUUAAGAAAAAUUACAUCUAUUGCAACUGCACUCGAACUUCUACCGACAGUAGCAAAUGUUACAGAACAAUAUACACAAAACGGACUUGAGUCUGAAUCAGCCAAUGGGAAUACUGAAAGUGCAGUAUAA